UUAGCGUUCAAUUUACUCGCGCACGUCCUCCGCACACGCCGCGUCGAUCCUGCACCAGAAAAAUCCAACAACAAUCUCCGGUCAAUAUGGAAAGCUACUUUGUCGGCAAAAAGUUCAUCGUCACCGGUGCCAACGCGGGAAUCGGCGAAGUAAUCACCGAACGUCUGGUGAAACUGGGAGCCCAUGUGUUCGCCGUCGGACGUGAUAAGUCCAGAUUGCCACCUGCAGGACCCAAUUUGACUCCGGUGUGCGCUGACGUAGGUGAAUGGGAAUCUUACGAUAUCAUCAAGGCCUUGGGACCCGUCCACGGUUUGGUGAACAACGCCGGUGUAGCGUUUAUCGAAUCUUUCUUAGACAUGACGCAAGAAGGAUGGGAUAAGACCUUGAACAUCAACUCCAGAGGAGUUGCCAGGAUCAGUCAGGCCGUGGCCAAGAACAUGAUCGCCGCUGGAAUCAAAGGUUCUAUCGUCAACGUGUCGUCUACCAUUUCUGAACGAGCCAUUCCGGACCAUACUUCGUAUUGUGCAUCCAAAGGUGCCGUCAACCAAGUAACCAGGGUCAUGAGUAUCGAAUUGGGACCGCACGGUAUCCGUACCAACAACGUAAACCCGACCGUGGUCAUGACUAAAAUGGGCGCCAAAGCAUGGUCCGACCCGGCCAAAUCCAACCCGAUUUUGAACAGGAUCCCGUUGGGACGAUUCGCAGAGUGCAAUGACGUCGCCAACGUUACGCUAUUCUUGCUCAGCGAUUACGCGUCGUACGUGAACGGAGUCUCGAUUCCAGUUGACGGUGGAUUUUUAACCAGUUAAAUUAAUGGAUUUACCUAGGAGUUUCGGCGAUUUGAAUUUUAUGAAGAAAAAAAAAAUUUGCAUUAUUUUUACGAAUUAUAAUGAAUAUUUUAAAACUUAGA